GCAGCGACCAAAACUGAAGAAAACCAUCUGUUUUCGGUUCCCACGGCACCAAAAGAUCCCAUACUAAUUAACGCAUUUUUCGAACAAAAAACAAAAACCCAAAACUUCAGAUCCCUCUCUAUUUGUUUGUUCCUUCUUCCUCUGGAAAUUCUUUCCAUUUAUACAACAACUCAACCCCAAAAAGAAAUUCAAAGGAAAAAGAUAAAAUUAAGCAACCAUGGAGAUGGAGAUGGACAUGAUGGAGAACUUGCCAUCUACCAUAUCCCCAUUACUCCUCCGGUCGAUGGCUUCUUCUGUUUUUAUUUAUGCUGACAAAUUGUUCUUCAACUUAGCUGAGAAAUUCAAGCCCUUUGAAAUCAUUCGUUAUGUUCUCAUCACUUCCUUUCUAUUCUUUCUUCGUUUACUUUCUUUUCUUUUCCUUUCCGAUUUACCCCCUAAAUCCCAGUCGCAUGUUUAUACGUUUAAUCCUCCCAAGAGCAACGGUCGCUAUUUGAUUGGUUCUGGGGUCAGCGAUUCCGGGAUAGCUCGUGCCCUUUCGCAGGUACUAUCGAUUGUUAAUGACAUUCCUGUUAGUUCGAGGAAGUACGCGAUCGUUCGGUCUUUAGCUGAAGGACUUAUAGAAGAGAACCGUAGGGAAGAUGCUGAGGGUUUACGUGAAGUGAACCGGGCGGUUUUGUCUUCGGCUUUUUCGAGGACUCUUUCUUAUCUUGAGGCUGCUAUGGUUGAGUUGGGGCAAGAUAGGAUCGGUCAUGAUGGUGCUGGACCUGCUCCGGUUCAGUAUUGGGUGAAAAGGGCUUUACGGGUGGUUCGGUCUGUUGGGGAUGGGGUUUGGGCUAGGGAAGGAAGUGGAGGUGUGAGGGAGGAUGUGAACCGGUCUGGGAAUUCGGCUGAGAAGCUGGCUGCUGAGCUUCUUUGGUUGGCGCAGAAGUUGGUUGAUUGUGGGUUUGGGGAAGAGGCUGUUGAGAGGUGGGCAUCGGCUUCAAAUCUGGCUUCGCUUUCUCUUUUGGCUGAGCCACGCCUUCAAGGUUCCCUGGUUAAGGUUUCGACAUUCUUGUUCAAACAAGCAAGGGAUAUGGAGAUGGCACUGGAUGAGACUGAAGAAUUCUAUGAAGAGAGCCGCAGGCAAACAAAGAUGAAGAUGCUAACGUCAUGGUUGCCAUUGCUUUGCAGGGCUAGCAAUGGCACCGACAUGCCAGUGCUCAGCAUAAACGAAAAAGCUGAGCUAGAGAAGGUCUUGGAAGAGACCAUAGAACUACUAGACCACGAGGAGCAAGAGCAAGUACUCAGCCUGUGGCUCCACCACUUCGCAUAUUGCUCAUCCUCCGACUGGCCCAACCUUCAUGCCUUGUAUUGUCGCUGGUGUACCAAUUCUCGGAAACUCUUGUUACUCCAUUGAAGAUAUGUUCACCAGAAAGAAUUUCUUCUGUAAUACAAUAUAUUAAGUUGGUUGCCUAUACGGAUAUGAACCUUUAAACAAUUGUUCCUAAUAUAAGUCUAUUAUUUUAGUCAUUA